CCGUUGCCAUGAUAUCAAUUAUUAUCAAUAUGCUGCUGGAUUCUCCCAAUAGCUAAAGUUGACAUUUAAAUUUGACCCGCGCUUUACAUUUUUCACAAAUAUUAAGAAGAUAAGAGCUGAAUGAACCAAACAUCUGCUUGUGUUUUUGUGCAGUCUGUUAGGUUUUUAUGUAAGAGAAUGGAUAUCCAAGAGGUCAGGGACUAUGACACCAUCACCUCUUUCCUGGGAUCCUGGGGACGCUUUCAGAUGAGGAUUUUUUUAGCGCUUUCCAUCAGCAUAAUUCCAAAUGGAUUUGUUGGCGUCUACAUUGUUUUUGUAGGUGAUACCCCGCCUCAUGAAUGCCGCAUCCCUGAGAAUAUCAGCAUCAGUGAGAUGUGGAGGAAUGUGUCAGUCCCACUGGAAACAGUCGAUGGCGUCACAAAGCGCAGCUCCUGCUGGAGGCUUAACCUGGAAACAGUCAGGAACUACUCUCAAAAGAACUUCAUCCCAAAUGUGGAUGUGAAUGUCAGUGAAAUUCCCCUGGAGACGUGUUUGGAUGGAUGGACAUACAGCAAAGAAAUCUACCAGUCAACCAUCGUUACAGAGUGGAACUUAGUAUGUGAGAAUCAAUACAAAAACCCACUGACUACCUCCAUUCAUUACAUCGGAGUUCUGUUCGGAGUUCUGUUCUCAGGCCAGCUGUCUGACAGAUUUGGAAGGAAGCCCAUCCUGUUUGUCAUGAUGGCUGUUCAAACUGUGGGGCUAACAGCACAGAUCUUCUCUCCAGGCUGGGAGGUCUUUCUCCUAAUUUUCUUUAUUGUUGGUGCUGGGGGAUACUCCAACUAUGUCAUUGCAUUUGUUCUGGGAGCUGAAGUUCUGAGCCCUAAAACCAGAGUAGUUUUCUGCUCACUCGGCGUAUUCAUGAGCUCAGCUUUGGGAUACCUGGCAAUGCCUGUCGUAGCCUUCUUUCUCCGUGAAUGGCGGAUGCUGCUGAUCGCCAUGGCUGCCUCUGGCCUCAUCUACAUCCCUCUGUGGUGGUUUAUCCCAGAGUCUCCUCGCUGGCUGCUGACUCAGGGGAGAGCAGCCGAAGCAGAAGCCAUUCUUAAAGAUGCAGCGAAGCUGAAUAAAGUCGAAGCUCCAGACGCCAUUUUUACACAACCAGAGAUUGAAAAAAUAUUGAUGAUGCGAGACAAGAAAUUCAACAUUUUGGUCCUUCUGAAAAGCUGCAACAUUUUCACCACAGCGUUGCUUUCUUCAAGCUUGUGGUAUGUGUGCAGUAGAAUUAUAUUAUUAUUCUCACCUGUACUGAAGAUUUGUCCUGAAUUGUUUGGCAGGAUGAUCGUCGCCAUGAACUACUUUGCUUUAAUCCUCAACACCUCGAACCUGCACGGCGACCCGUACCUGAACUGCUUCCUGUCUGCUGCUACAGAGGUUCCAGCCUACAUCGUUGUCUUGUUGCUGCUGCGCUACUCCUCCAGACGCCUGUGUCAGUCUGCCACACUCUUACUGGGAGGCGUUAUGAUCAUUUGUGUAAACCUCAUUCCGACAGAUUUUCCCGGCGUGUCUCUGCUGCUGGAGAUGGUGGGAAAAUUUGGCAUCACGUCGGCUUUCUGUGUUUUGUACGCCUUCACGGCGGAGCUCUUCCCGACCGUAAUCAGGAAUACAGCCAUGGGAUGUUGCUCCACAGCCGCACGGAUCGGAACCAUCAUCUCCCCAUUCAUCAUUUAUCUAGGGUUUUACUUCAGGGCUCUUCCAUACGUAGUGAUGGGUGUUAUGGCCGUCUGUGGUUCUGGUUUCUGCUUCAUGCUGCCAGAAACGCAUGGAAAAGCUUUACCAGAGGCACUAUCAGACAUGCAACAGCUACAUGGGAACUGUGUGAAUAAGAAAAAGGAAGCAGAAAAUGAAGAGAACACACAUAUAUAAUGGGUAAAUGUUAUUACAAAUCUGCUGCUUCUGCCGAAGAUUUUAUCUAUUUGUUGGGCUUGUCUUAAAGACUGACUGAAAAUAACUGAUUUAAAUUUUCAGAAGGUAUUUUAUUUUUUUAAUGCCAUUUCUUUCUUAUGAUUUUAUGAACAGACCAACACUUCAUUGGAAAUAAGCAGUAAAAUGAUACAAAUUGUCUAACAAAUAAAAAUCUGACUAGUCGUGCA